CCGCCCCCAACACACGGUGUCCCGCCCCAGCCGGGCCGCGUCUGCCAUCGGUCGGUGCGUGCGUGCGCUUCGUCGAUCCGCGUGUCUGGCGGAGCGCCCCUCUCCUCUGAGGCCAUGACUCCGCCGCCACCCCAGCCCCCGCCCCCAGGCCCGAACCCCACUGCAGACUCCGCUGCCGACCCCCGACCGGGGCCUGGACCCCUGGUCGUACUGUUCGGGGCCACGGCCGGUGCGUUGGGGCCGGACCUGGGUUCCGACGAGACCGACUUAAUCCUCCUAGUCUGGCAAGUGGUGGAGCCGCGGAGCCGCCAGGUGGGGACAUUGCAUAAGUCACUGGUUCGCGCCGAGGCGGCCGCGCUGAGCCCGCAGUGCCGCGAGGCGAGCGGCCUGAGCUCCGACAGCCUGGCGCGGGCCGAGCCGCUGGACAAAGUGCUGCAGCAGUUCUCACAGCUGGUGAGCGGGGAUGUGGCUCUGCUGGGCGGGGGCCCCUACAUGCUCUGCACUGAUGGGCAGCAACUGCUGCGACAGGUCCUGCACCCUGAGGCCUCCAGGAAGAACCUGGUGCUCCCCGACACCUUCUUCUCCUUCUACGACCUCCGCAGAGAGUUCCACGUGCAGCACCCGAGUGCCCGCUCUGCCAGGGACCUCACCGUGGCCACCAUGGCACAGGACUUGGGGCUGGAGACAGAUGCCACAGAGGAUGAUUUUGGGGUGUGGGAAGUGAAGACAAUGGUAGCCAUCAUCCUCCACCUGCUUGAAAGUCCCAGUGGUCAACUGUUUUUGAAGCCUGAAGUGGUGAAGCAGAAAUAUGAGACAGGGCCUUGCAGCAAGGCCGACGUGGUGGACAGCGAGACUGUGGUUCGGGCUCGUGGGCUGCCAUGGCAGUCAUCAGACCAGGACGUGGCUCGAUUCUUCAAAGGGCUCAAUAUUGCCAGGGGUGGUGUAGCACUGUGCCUCAACGCCCAGGGCCGCAGAAAUGGUGAGGCCCUCAUCCGUUUUGUGGACAGCGAACAGCGGGACCUAGCGCUGCAGAGACACAAGCACCACAUGGGCAUCCGCUAUAUCGAGGUGUAUAAAGCAACAGGAGAGGAGUUUGUGAAGAUCGCAGGGGGCACAUCACUAGAGGUGGCGCGUUUCCUGUCACGGGAAGACCAAGUGAUCCUGCGGCUGCGGGGACUGCCCUUUUCGGCUGGGCCAGCAGAUGUGCUAGGCUUCCUGGGGCCAGAGUGCCCCGUAACGGGGGGCGCUGAUGGGCUGCUCUUUGUGCGCCAUCCUGAUGGCCGGCCCACGGGUGAUGCCUUUGCCCUCUUCGCCUGUGAGGAGCUGGCACAGGCUGCGUUACGCAGGCAUAAAGGCAUGCUGGGUAAGCGAUACAUUGAACUCUUCCGGAGCACUGCAGCUGAGGUGCAGCAGGUCCUGAACCGCUACGCCUCCAGCCCACUCCUUCCCACCCUGACUGCUCCACUGCUGCCCAUCCCCUUCCCACUGGCAGCUGGGAGCGGGAGAGACUGUGUACGCCUGCGAGGCCUGCCCUACACAGCCACCAUUGAAGACAUCCUUAGCUUUCUGGGGGAGGCAGCGGCUGACAUUCGGCCUCAUGGUGUGCACAUGGUACUCAACCAGCAGGGCCGGCCUUCAGGUGAUGCCUUCAUCCAGAUGACAUCAGCAGAGCGGGCCCUAGCUGCUGCUCAGCGCUGCCAUAAGAAAGCAAUGAAGGAACGCUAUGUGGAGGUGGUCCCCUGCUCCACAGAGGAGAUGAGCCGUGUCCUGAUGGGGGGCACCUUGGGCCGCAGUGGCAUGUCCCCUCCACCCUGCAAGCUGCCCUGCCUCUCACCACCCGCCUACGCCACCUUCCAGGCCACCCCGACCCUCAUUCCCACUGAGACAGCAGCUCUGUAUCCCUCUUCAGCACUGCUCCCAGCUGCCAGGGUGCCUGCUGCUCCCACCCCAGUCGCCUACUACCCAGGGCCAGCCACUCAACUCUACAUGAACUACACAGCGUACUACCCCAGCCCCCCUGUUUCCCCCACCACUGUGGGCUACCUCACCACACCCCCUGCAGCCCUGGCCUCUGCUCCCACCUCUGUGUUGUCCCAGCCAGGAGCCCUGGUCCGUAUGCAGGGUGUCCCAUACACAGCUGGUAUGAAGGAUCUGCUCAGCGUCUUCCAGGCCUACCAGCUAGCCCCUGAUGACUACACCAGCCUGAUUCCUGUUGGUGACCCAGCUCGCACUGUGCUACAGGCCCCCAAAGAAUGGGUGUGUUUGUAGGUGAGGGAGCCAGGAGAUAAGAGCUGACUGAUGUCCUCAGCUAAUGGGACUCUCCUGUCUCCAGAGAACCAGCGCCCUCAACCUGGUGGCUUCUUUCUGGCUUUUCAAAAUCCUCAGAAGGCCCCCAGAGGAGAUCAAGCUCCAGCUCCAUCCCCCAACUUACUGCUCUGCCUGUCCACCUCAGAGAUGAUGGCUGGACCCUGCAUGCAGGGCUGGGGGUGGAACGGCGCUAUCCUGCUCCAGUGGUCGGAUCUGGGCUGCUUAAGUAGCACCCAGAGAGCCUUUGUUCUGUUCUGGCUAUGUCCUGUGCCUACAGAUUCUGGGGGGCUGAUGUCCACAGCAGGCUUGGUUUCUUUUUAAAAAAUGUAAGCCCUGGUGCUUUCAGUGUAUGACUCCAGGGAGCUUCUUUCUGAGUAAAGAUACCAGUGUCCUACCUUCCCGUCUCUUCUGACGGGGUACAGGGCAGCAGUGUGUGCUGGUCCCACUCCCCAGGAUACUUGGACCUCUGUGACUACACUGUGCCAGGGGUGGUCCCACCUAAGGAUGCUGGCCUCCCUGGAGCUUGGCACAAGGAAUAGCAGAUGGCAAAAAUCACAAACGGUUUUGAUGGACUCUACUGCAGUAUCCCCAGAGGACACUAGGGGGCAGGAGGCCCCCACAGAAAAACUCAGGCUUGACUUGUAAAGGGACUUCUGCCUACUUUUCAUGCACAUCUUGGGCAGGUCAGUUUUCCUGAACUCAACAGACACCUUGGAAUGUCCUUUGCACCCACUGCAGGGUGCCCAACUGAAGCUUCAGAAGGAAUUUGGAAUUCUACCCUCUCCUCUGUAAAAUAAAGGUUCCUAGCCAAAUGGACUUUUUAAAAGCCCAAGUGCCCUUCCCUUUGGCACACAGUGAGGAGCUCCACACCAGCCCCAUGCAGAGGAACACUCAGGCAGAUUUCAAGGAGACUGUUGACCUGUCACCGUUUAUUAUUUCAGCACUGUAACUGAGGAGCCUGAAUUGCUGGCUUCUUCCCUUUGUAUUUGUGUAAGGAGCACUGUACUCCUAUAAAAGGUUUUAAAAUACAAAAUGUACAAGAAAACACAAUCUCAAGUGCUGUAAACAUAACUGAGAACCAGUUCCUUAACUGAACAUCAUCCAUUUUAUAAAAUACAAGGUUUAACUUGAA